CGCAAACUUGUUGCUAAUCCGUAGUCCACCAAAGGCAAGCCAGCAUUGCACCGCACCGCACCGCAUUGCUGCAGAGCCAUCCUCACACAUCACCGCUUCGUCGGGCCAGCAGUGCGAACAUGUUGCGACAAUUCAGUGCACGCCUUCCCGGCCGGGUUCGGGCUUCGGGCUCCCGCCUCUUGGCGCAGUCUCCCAGGUGGUCCCUGUCGAGCCGGAGGUCGAUGGCUUCAGUUGGCAAGGAUCCCACUGAACUAGACCAACUCACCACUCUCCCCAACGGCCUCCGUGUCGCAUCCGAAGCCCUCCCCGGCUCCUUCUCCGGCGUGGGAGUCUAUGUCGAGGGCGGUUCCCGCUUCGAAAACGAAGCCCUCCGCGGCGUCUCCCACAUCAUGGACCGCCUCGCCUUCAAGUCCACCGCCAACCACUCCGCCGACGACAUGCUCGAACGGGUCGAGGCCCUCGGCGGCAACAUCCAGUGCGCCAGCUCCCGCGAGUCCAUGAUGUACCAGGCCGCCACCUUCAACAACGCCGUGCCCCAGACAGUCGAGCUGCUCGCCGAGACGAUCCGCGAGCCCCAGAUGACCGACGACGAGGUUGCCGAGCAGAUCGAGACAGCCCGCUACGAGAUCCGCGAGAUCUGGAGCAAGCCCGAGCUCAUCCUGCCGGAGCUCGUCCACACAGCCGCCUACAAGGACAACACACUGGGGAACCCGUUGCUGUGCCCAGAGGACCGGUUGGGCAGCAUCAACCGCCACAGCGUCCAGAUGUACCGCGACUUGUUCUACCGCCCGGAGCGUAUGGUGGUGGCUUUUGCCGGUGUUGAGCACAGCGAGGCCGUCCGGUUGACGGAGAAGUUCUUUGGUGACAUGCAGAACGCUCCCUCAGUAUCACAGACGGGCUCCGAGACGAGUGAGAGCGAGCUGUCCGAUAGCGAGGCCAGCACGUCCCCUCUCUCUUCAUCACCCUCCUCCUCUUCAUCUCCCAACCUGCUCUCCAAGAUUCCCUUCUUCAAGAACAUCUCCACCUCGGCCGCCAAGAACGCUGCCGUCCUCAACACUCCCCCCUCUCAGCUCGACAUCCAGCGACCCGCACACUACACCGGCGGCUUCCUCUCUCUGCCGGCGCAGCCUCCUGCGCUCAACGGCCUCCCUACCUUCACUCACAUCCACGUUGCCUUUGAGGGCCUACCCGUCUCUUCCGAGGACAUCUACGCCCUCGCAACCCUUCAGACGCUGCUCGGCGGUGGCGGCUCCUUCUCCGCCGGCGGACCCGGCAAGGGCAUGUACUCACGUCUAUACACCAACGUCCUCAACCAGUACGGCUGGGUAGAGUCUUGCGUUGCCUUUAACCACUCCUACACUGAUUCGGGUCUCUUCGGCAUCUCGGCAUCUUGCCUCCCCGGUCGUACCUCCGCCAUGAUUGACGUUAUCUGCCAGGAGUUGCGAUCUCUCACCCUCGAGACUGGCUUCUCACGUCUACAGAGCGUUGAGGUUGGCCGUGCCAAGGCCCAGCUACGUUCUAGCCUGCUGAUGAACCUCGAGAGCCGCAUGGUUGAGCUCGAGGAUCUUGGCCGCUCCAUCCAGGUCCACGGCCGCAAGAUCCCCGUCCACGACAUGUGCAAGAAGAUCGAGGCUGUGUCCAUCGACGACCUGCGCCGCGUGGCCAAGAUGGUCCUCACUGGCCAGACGAACAACGCUGGAAAGGGCAGCGGUGCGCCUACCGUCGUGCUGCAGGAGGCCCAGGCAUAUGGCGUGAGCAACCAUACCAUGACUUGGGAUCAGAUCCAGGACAGAAUCGAGAGCUGGAAGCUUGGUAGCCGUUAGACAGCUCGACGCGGCUCUAUCUAUCUGCGCCAAGUGUUGUCAACAACCGAUAGCUCCAUGGCGCAGCAACGGUCGACCGUGUAGGGGGAACGACUUAAUCCUAAUAGCGGGAUAUAGAAACGCCGCGAGGCACCCACCACCGCCGUCAUGAAAAGGAGGAUGAUGUAUUAUAUAGUUCUUGUACGCAUAUAACGGACGGAAUGAAUCAACGGUCGUGAUGUGGCAAGGGGGGCACAGCGCAAGCGGAUGGGUUGGUACUCAACACUCACCUAUAUGAAGGAACUGUCAUGUAAAAUAACACGAGUGAAUGUUUCUCUACUAGACCAAAAGAAUUUGUACACCAAGCGAUGC